CGGGCUCCUCCAAUGUGCGAAAAGGAAAAGCAGAAAGUUUACUCUAAAAUGCACGAUACUUUAUUUCUAGCACCAGUUACUUUGUCAGCAUCUUGCUUUAGCCCUUCCUGUGCCUUGCCUUUUGGCAUCCCACACCCUUUGCCAGGAGAAAUGUUCUAUUGAUAGCAGGCAAUUUCUUCCUUCUUGUUCUUGGGUACAUUUAGGAUGAUCUUUGUAUGUUUCAAACCCCAUACUGGCUAAUAGAUCAUACUUUCUCCUCUCCUGUGGGUCCACAGGGUUAAUUAUACAAUGGUUACUCAGGUUUGCUGCUUCUUUGUAUAUGGCAUGAUUUUUAGGGAGGGAGAACUGCACAACUGUACAAGCUGAACAAAACUGAUGCUAACAGAGUUAGGCAAUGGUGCACAAAAAAACCCCCAACCUCAAACCCACAGGACCAGAGCAGACACUAGCCAUUAGAGACAACUUUGCUGCUGCAGCUAAGGCAAGCUAGACAGUAUGUGUCUAAUCCUGGGGUAAGGUGCGGGUGAUGUAUCUUAAUUUUGUAGAGAUGGCUGAAAUCAAGCAAAAAUUCAAAACCUGACAAGACGUGAGGUCUUGUAUAGUCCAUUAAUGUUAUAAAGCUUGAGGUCUGUUAUGAGGAUGGCUGAGCUCCAAGGCACCAAUUUCUAGGUGAAAAGAGGUAAGUCCAAGGCCUUUUAAGAUCUGAAAUUUCAGAAGUUCUUGUGUGCCAGUGAUGUGUGUGUGAUGAGCAAACACUCACCUUCCCCUCUAAGGAAUUUCUAGCACUUAAGAGGAAUAAAAUCCUUCAAACAACUUACAAUACCAUGGACUUUGCAAUGGGAGGUUAAUACUUUUGAUUAUUUAGAUAGCUUCUAAAAAAUCUCAGGUUUGGUGCCAUUAUAGUGCGGGUCUUACAGGCCUGCGUGUUUCCUAUAUUCAGAUGUUUCACUGUGUCUGAAGCAAUUUUUGCCCUUGUUUUACAUAUCCAGUUAUUGAUGCCAAAGCCAUUCUGUUUUGGUGCAAUGAGCCAUGAACAAGAAAGCAGCCUGGUGCUCUUGGCAAAUGCACUGAGGCAGAGCCUUGUUUUCAGAUAAGCAGAAUUAUCUGCUUAUCAACCUCUCCACAGCCCCAGUGUUGGAGUCACCUGAAAUAGUGAUGAUUUUUCUCGUUAUGGCACUUCUGGAAAGCUGGAGCGGUUCCCUUGUUGUCACGUAUAACUGCAGCCAUACCUUCACCUAGGUUUUUAGCUAAACCUCGUGUUUCCACAGUGCAGACCAGCCAGUGCAGCUGGGUACCUGGCUUGGACAGAUGUUCCUCUUUGGUGUCCAUGGGUGCGCUGCUGCCAGGGCUGUGCCCCCGAGCUGUGCAUCUGUGGGAGGCCAUAGAUAGGCCUUUGUGGGGGAGACAGAGGGUGUCUGUGACAUUAUCAAUGUGCUGUCUUCUCAGCAGAAGGGUUUAGUAAGAAACUUCUGCUCUGCAGCUCUGCUUUUUGCUAAAGGGCAGAAUAAAUAUUGAAGCGCUAGUAAUAUCCAGCUGAGCUGUCUGAAUAAUCCUCUAAGAAAUUGCAUAACAAAGAAGUGAAUUCUGUAGGAGAUCAGCUGUUUACACUGGUCUGUAAUUCAUCUCUGUCAAAUAACACAUCCACUUAGCAUCUUUCCUGAUUUCAGAUAUGCCAACACGGACCUUUCAGCCCUAGGGAUGUAAGGCUGAGAUGACACGAGCUGUUUCCCUCCUUUCUACCUGCAAUGUCAUGAUAUGCAUAGUCGCCAGGAUUAGGACCAUCCUGUGCUGUGGGAGCCACUGCUGGCCAAUUGAACCACAGGGCUUUGCGAAUGGUUUCUAACUGGACCAAAAUUCCACCACCACUUUUCAAAAAAGUUGUCGUCGUGCUGAUAGAUGCUUUGAGAGAUGACUUUGUGUUUGGGUCCAAAGGUGAACAGUUCAUGCCAUAUACUAAACAAGUUAUUGAAAAAGGGACAUCCUACAGUUUCAUUGCUGAAGCGAAGCCACCGACUGUCACUAUGCCUCGAAUUAAGGCUUUGAUGACGGGUAGCAUACCUGGUUUCAUUGAUGUUAUUGUGAAUCUCAACUCUCCAGCUCUGUUGGAUGACAAUCUGAUAUGGCAGGCAAAAACAGCUGGGAAAAGAAUAAUCUUUUAUGGUGAUGAUACUUGGGUUAAAUUGUUUCCAAAGCAUUUUGUGGAGUAUGAUGGAACAACAUCCUUUUUCGUGUCAGACUUUACAGAGGUUGAUGAUAAUGUUACCAGGCAUUUGGAUAGAGUGUUCAAGAGAGAAGACUGGGAUCUCCUAAUACUGCAUUACCUGGGGUUGGAUCAUAUUGGACAUGUGACUGGGCCAAACAGCCCAUUAGUGGGAGCAAAACUGCGUGAAAUGGAUAACAUCCUGAAGAAGAUUCAUAUUUCUCUUCUUUCGAAGGAAGAAGCCUCUCUGCCCAAUUUGCUAGUUGUUUGUGGGGAUCAUGGGAUGUCUGAAACAGGUAGUCAUGGUGGUUCUUCAGCAGGAGAAGUGCACACACCACUACUGUUUAUCAGCUCUGCUUUUGAAAAGAGAAGCGGUCCUCUAACACAACCUGAACGUGUGCAACAAACUGAUUUAGCUAGCACUCUGGCGGUAGGUCUUGGUCUACCAAUUUCAAGAAACAGUGUUGGGAACCUUAUAUUGCCAGUUGUGGGAGGCAGGACAAUGAGAGAACAACUGCGUUUUGUGCACUUGAAUGGGUUCCAGCUUAGUAGACUGCUGCAAGAGAAUACACCUGCAUAUGAAAAAGAUCCUGGAUAUGAACAUUUUAAGAUAGCAGAAAAGUCCCAUGCCAAUUGGAUCAAACUGUAUUUAGAGGGGAAUAAUUCAGAAAUACUCUUAAAUCUUGGCAAAAAAGUCCUGAAGCAGUAUUUGGAGGCCCUGAAGACUCUGAGUUCUUCACUAAGCAGACAAGUGGCACAAUAUGACAUGUAUUCGAUGAUGGUUGGGACUGUGAUCAUUAUGGAGGUUCUGCUGCUGCUUUUCCUUAGCAUUCCAAAAGCCCUGAGCAGCCGGGCAGAAUUUGAAGUGCCACUUUCACUUCCACUAUUCUCCCUGCUGUUUUACUUGGUGUGUCUGAUGCUUUGUGCAGUUCACGUCAUUGUAUGCACAUCGGCAGAAAGUUUAUGCUAUUUCUGCAGUAUGUCCUGGUUCACAGCAGUGGGAGUGAUGAUGCUGAUAUCUGCACUCAUGUGUGGUAUUUUAUCUGCCAUUGCAAAGAUUUUUGAGAAUUCCAGACUUCCAGUGAAGAAUCCAGUUGUGUCCAGUUCCGGCUGGUCAGAAAUCGAUGUGCUGAUUCUGGCUGGAACAGUUGGCCAUGUUUUGAGUUUGGGGGCAAGCAGUUUUGUAGAAGAGGAACAUCAAACCUGGUAUUUUCUUAUCAAUACUCUUUGUUUGGUGCUGUGUCAGGAUCUUUGUAGAAACAAUUUUCUUCUGAAAGAGUAUGACCCUCAACAUAGCACCAAUGUAAAACAAAACUUCGGGGAAGCCUCUGAGUACAAGAACAUGGACAUUCCAGCAGCAGAUAAUUCAAAAUUGGGCAAGACCAUCUCUUCAGCUGAAUUCAUUAGAGGAUCAGAUAAGUGGAUAAGCUUAGCAAGUCCAUGGAUCAUCCUUAUUUGCUGUCGGCUACUUCGAUCUUUGAAUCAGACAGGUGUCCAGUGGGCUCAUCGGCCAGACUUUGGACAUUGGUUGACAAGCUCUGAACAUAAAUCUGAACUCUCCUUCUUGGCUGCAGUAUCCCUCCUUAUGAUCUUCUUUCUGGUUCAAAGAAGAUGCUCCCUGGUUUCAAAAAUUGCUAUGGCACUUGGGCUCCUGGGAGUCUACAGUUACCGGGCAGCUAUUGGAAAUGUCAUAUUUCCAUGGCAACAUGACAGCAAAGAUAUUUCAAAGGGGAUUACUGAAGCUCGUUUUGUUUAUGUCUUUGUUCUUGGCAUAGUCUUCACUGGCACCAAAGAUUUGCUAAAGUCACAGGUUAUUUCUUCAGACUCCAGUGUGAAGAGUACGGGAUUAUGGGAAGUGUAUAGUGGAUUGGUUCUACUAGCAGCUCUUCUAUUUAGACCUCACAAUUUACCAGUCUUGGUGUUUUGUCUGUUGAUUCAGACAAUGAUGACGAAAUAUAUCUGGAGACCUUUGAAAUUUGAUGCAGCACAGAUUACUAUCAUGCACUACUGGUUUGGCCAAGCUUUCUUCUAUUUUCAGGGAAAUUCAAAUGGCAUUGCUACUGUGGAUGUUUCAGCAGGUUUUGUGGGACUAGAAAGCUAUGUGGAAAUACCAGCUAUCUUCUUUACAGCAUUUGCAACAUAUGCAGGACCUGUGCUUUGGGCCAUUCAUCUGCUGUGCUACUUGAGUUCUGAAGUUAGCAGGAAUUCAGCAGCAGUGGGUCACGGCUGUUUCUGCUAUGCUCUAAUGCGUUCACUUCCAGUUGCCGUAUACAUAGUUUUGGUGACAGGUCUGCGUUACCACCUGUUCAUAUGGAGCGUCUUCUCGCCAAAACUACUUUAUGAGGGAGUGCAUGUGUUCAUCACAGCCACGAUCUGCCUGUUCUUCACAGCCAUGGAUCACAACCACUCUCACAAAGUGCAAGAUUGAAAUAAGUGUGCGGGACGCAGAUCUGCAUUGCAAUGUCUAGUGCGAUACUGGGAUGGAAAAAGGAGAGUAAUGGCUUUAAAUUGUUGUGCAGAAUUUGAAGUAUAACCUUGUUUAUUUUAGUCAAAGUCAGGAUUUCAAGGGCCUGUACUGUUUUAAAACUUUAGUUUGCUUUAAAAAUGUUUACUUUAAAUAAACUGGUUUUUCAUGGAUAACUUUUGUCCUGUAACUGUCAUUAUAGCACUUCCCAAAUAACAGAAUGGCAAUAUUAUGUGAUUCAGAUUUAAAAAUGUACAUCUUAAUCUGAGUACAGACCACAGGCAUUGAAAAAAUCUUUCGCACAUACGAUCUUUUUUUACCUUCUUAGAUGACAGAAUCCUAAAAAUAUCCAAGAGGAUUUCUUGGUGCUGUUAACAAGAUCUUACAUUCAUUAGCCUUUGGGGGUUUUGUUUGUUUAGUUUCUAGCAUGUGCAUUGAAAUUAUUAUUGAAUUAUUGUACAAAUAUUCCAUGUAAAAGAUUUUGUUUGUUUGUUUUGCAUAUGCAGCAUUUCUAUUUAAAGGCAGUAUUUUCUUUGUAAGAUGAGUGCAACCGUUAUCUGCAAUGUAUUUCGAUCUGCAUUUCAGUCACUGGAUAGGAAGCACUAAUGGGCUAACAAAGCAAUGAUUCUUUUAUGGAGUUCAUCCACUGCUAAAAUGUUGUAUUUCUUUUUAUUAAUGUCUAAUGUUUAACCAGGUUCAUGGCAGCUGCGCUGAACAUCUGAUCAUGUUUUUCACACUAGGGUAGAGAGUUAUGAGCCAUGAGCACAAAACAGUUUAAUGGCUAAGUUACCAGCAGAAUAAAAGGUGUGUUUGCAUCAUCUUCCCUCUGGUGACCUGUCUGGCCACCUCACUUGAAUGUGCUAUAAUUAAUUCCUAACAAUGUUGUUUUCUUUGUUUCUGUCAAGGGGAUAAACAUUGAUGACCAUCCUGUCAGUAUUCUUUAUGUGGGUUUUUCUUUUUUCCUCAUAUUUUUGUCCAUGUUAGCAGCCAGUAGGAUUUAAUCUAAAUGUAUUAGAGGUGCAGCAGAAGAAAGGCACACAGGGAACUUUAACUUUUGUUAUAAAUAUGCAAAUAAAAAGCUUUUAAGCCCUAUGGA